CACUCCAGAUUAUCCAGCAUCAUUCAAACACGAUCGGCUUAUAGGUCUUAAAAUGGUUUUAUUUCCCCUAACUAUUCAACAACUGAAUGAAACUUUACAGUUUUCAAUACAAAGCUGUAGGACUCUAAACUGAACCGAGUAGACCACAUCCGGACAUAAUUUGUUCAGCAAAAGUCGAGAAAAUUAAAUGCAUUUUUAUUAUCAACAUCUCCUCACACGCACAGAUAUUUGCUCAGAAUAUGAUGUUGAGCCAAUAAAUAUAAAUAAAGAUGGGUCAAAAGUUUAUUUUUCGAAUGAUUGUAUGGCCUCUCCUCGAUGAGGAAAGCAAAAAGCACCAGAAGUCGCUGGAAUCGCUGGUGUACAGUCAGACUUGCAAUCCAAAGGACGUCAGUUGUAGAGAGCCUAUAUUAUUAUAAAGAGGCGAAAUGUCACUCUCAGGGUUCCAAUCGAAUUCUCAGGGUUCCUAUCGAACUGUCAAAUCGGGGUUUCAAUCAAGCAACAAGAUCAUGCAAGAACAAGGUCGAAACCAUUUUAAAAUCAUUUUGGCCAAACGAGAUUUAAUUCAAUCACAAGCAUUUUAAAACUGUGGUUUACUAUAAUCUGGUAGUUUAUGUUAUGUUUGUGCUUGUUCGGUACAUACAAGAAACGUGCCAGAACCAAAGAAAAAAAUCAAGUUUUUCAACCUUAAAUUUGAAAGACUUUCGGUGUUUGAAAUUUUUCCUAGAACAUUUCAUUUCCCUUUAUAGGUCCCUAGUCACUUCGGAUCCCGGGGAUUCAGAAACUAAGCAUAAAAAGUGGUUCAGGUGUUCUCCCUGCCCAUGUUUUCGAACGCCUAGGUUCUAGUAGAAAUAUUGCAAUAGAGACUGUUAUGACCUGUGGGUUGUAGAGCAAACGAUAUACCCUUCUGAUAAAUCAGGUAAUAUUUUUUUUUAAGAUAAUCUUUGUUUUUCGUCUAAAAUCGGGAAGAGAAGAUUUAUAUAAAGAUUUGCGCACAACAGUCUCUUGGUGUACAACAGCUUCAGCCGAACUAGGAAAAGUUCCUUGUCGUAGCACAAGUUAAGUCAAGCAUUAUUAAAUUGAUAGAUAACAGCAAUCAUCUAUCAAGACAAAGAGAAACGAUAGCCCAGUCUCAAAACACCUCUCAACAAUCAACAUGACACUUCGUGUAGCUCUUCUUCAGCAAGUCAUAACCGGCACAAAAGUUCAAAUUCUCCAAAACGCCGUCAAGCAGAUCCAGUCCGCCGUAUCCCAACACCAACCGACCCUCGUAAUUCUCCCGGAAAGCUUCAACUGUCCGUACGAUGAAGAAGCUCUGCGCGCCAGCGCCGAAGAAAUUCCCUCCGGAGUAACCAGCGUAGCACUGCGUCAGGCCGCCAUCGACUGUGGAGUGUUCAUCGUCGGAGGUUCGAUCGUGGAGCGUUCAUCAUCCGGCCAGCUGCACAACACGUGCACCGUGUGGAGUCCCCGCGGGCAACUGGUGGCAAGCUAUCGCAAGAUUCACCUGGGAGAUUCGAACGCUUCGGCGGAACCGGCUACAGUGAACGAAUCGGCGCUGUUCACCGCCGGCGAUCAACUGGUCACAUUCAACGUUGGAUCGGUGAAGAUCGGACUCGGUAUCUGUUGGGAUAUGCGAUUUCCUGAGCUUGCCGCAGCGUACCGUCGGCAGGGGUGCCAGUUGUUGAUCUACCCGUCGUUGUGUGAUGUUCGGACGGGUGGCAUGCACUGGGAACUGAUCGCUAGAAGUUUGGCGCUGAACAAUCAGCUGUUUGUGGCGUUCUGUUCACCGGCUAGGGAUGAGGAGGCGAAGCUGGUGGCGUUUGGACAUUCGUUGGUCGCGGAUCCCUGGGGGGAAAUUUGCGUCGAAGCUGGAGAGCAGCAGGAGGUUGUGGUUGCCGACUUGAAUUUUGCUAUGAUUGAGGAAGUCGGAAUGAAGAUUCCAGUGUUAAAGCAGCAGAAAAGCUUCUUGGAUGAGUCAUAAAAAAUAAAAGCAGCCUCCAACUG